AUGCCUUCCAUCCACCCUCUCAUCGACAAGGGCCUCAUCAAAGGGGACCCCAAUUUCCCCGGAGGUCGUUUGCUUUGCCGCUGUUCCUCCAACCAGGUCAUCGUUGGUCUCAAAAGCAACGUUGCCCAUAACCACGCCUGUGGCUGCAGCAAGUGUUGGAAGCCUGAGGGAGCUCUCUUCUCCGUUGUGGGUGUGGUACCCAGGGAAAACCUCACGGUCGAGAAAAACGAGUCGAAGCUCAAGAUAGUCGAUCCUACUGCCGUCAUUUUAAGACAUGCUUGCCGUGAAUGUGGCGUACACAUGUUCGGUCGUAUUGAAACGGCGCAUGCUUUCCAUGGUCUUGAUUUUGUCCACUCGGAGCUUUCCGAUCAAUCUGGAUGGCAGGAGCCCCAGUUUGCAGGCUUCGUCUCUUCAAUCAUUGAGCAAGGAUUUGAUCCCAAGGGUAUGGAUGAGGUUCGAUCGAAGUUCAAGUCCGCCGGUCUGGAGACAUACGACGCCCUAUCCCCACCCCUGAUGGAUCUUCUCGCCACUUUCGCCGCACAGAAGGCGGGUGUGAAAUUCUCCAACUUGUAG